AACUACUUAAUUGUCGACUAUAGUCAUCUUGCGUGGGUUAAUACACCAAGAAACAAAGGUGGCCUCGGAAAUAUUACCAUUCCUCUUGUGGCCGACAAGAACCAUUCUAUUUCCAAAGAUUAUGGUGUUCUCAUCGAAGAAGAAGGAAUCUCACUUCGAGGAUUGUUUAUCAUUGAUGGUAAUGGUGUUAUUCGUCAGAUCACCAUUAACGAUCUUCCCGUAGGACGUAAUGUCGACGAAGUUCUUCGACUUGUCGAAGCCUUCCAAUUCACCGACGAGCAUGGUGAAGUCUGCCCAAUUGACUGGAGAAAAGGAGAUAAGACCAUUAUACCGGAUCCCAAGAAUUCUCAAGGUUACUUUUCUGAACAUUAUAAGCAAUAA